AUGAUGCUGAGUGGAGGGAGCGAGCAGGAUGGAAGGGCGUUAGGAGGUGGCAGAGGUCGGGGGGAGCAAGACCAUGGCAUGCUUUGAAGGUAAAAUCGCGAAGAAUUGUGGAAAAAUGUUAACUGAGUAUUAAUUUGCAUCCUGUUCAAGAGCUGCAGGAAACUCAUUUCCUAAUUGUAGGAGAAUGUAGAGAAUGGUCAGCAAGUCUCAAACUAUGUAGAACUUCAGAGGCAGGAGGUGAAAGUGAAUUGUAAUCUGGCUCAAUGAUAAACCUCUCUCUGAACGAGUAACAGUUAAUAAACUAAUGAAGACAAAAAGGUCGCAUUGUUGACAAGACCCUGAAGGUUCACCAACCCUGGACCCCACCCCUCACUCAGCCUUUAAACACAGAGUUUACCCUCAGCCACUGAGCGAUCAGCACCCAUUGCACAUUGCAACACACUUCCCGCCUGUGCUAUAUUGACAUGGCUGAAGACAGUGGAAUUCUGGGGCCAGCUGAUUACAGAAAUUAUCAGAGUGGCCGCUGGAGCAAUCGGAUUCACCAAACCUACUGCCUGAUGCACACCUACCAAACAGUCCGCUUUGUGAAGGACAAGGACCUUGGUUUAAUAUCAAAUCAGAACAAGGUUUCUGUUUCCCAGCACAUCCAGUGGGCCUCAUGCAAUCACAAGGAGAUGACUCUGAUGGAAGCCCUUUGUGCCCUUGAUGACUUGGUAGAUGAGUCCGACCCAGAUGUUGAUGUCCCAAACUCCUUCCACGCCUAUCAAACAGCAGAGGAGAUCAGGAAGGACCAUCCAGAUAAAGAUUGGCUGCACCUCGUAGGCCUGAUACAUGACGCAGGAAAAAUACUUGCACUGUGGGGUGAGCCGCAAUGGUCUGUGGUGGGAGAUUCGUAUCCAGUCGGAUGUCGUUUUCAGAAUUCUAUCGUCUACAGAGACUCCACGUUUACUGAAAAUCCAGACCAGAAGGACCCACGUUACAAUUCGCUGUGUGGAAUUUAUGAGCCAAACUGUGGCCUGGACAAAGUGCUGAUGUCCUGGGGACACGAUGAAUACAUGUACAACGUUCUCAGAGUCAACAAGUGCAAAAUUCCAGAAGAGGGGCUGUACAUGAUUCGCUUCCACUCUUUCUACCCCUGGCACACCAGCGGGGACUACAUGCAUCUCUGCAACAGUAAGGACCUGCGCAUGCUGGAGUGGGUUAAAGAAUUCAAUAAGUUUGACUUGUACACCAAGUACCAGAAACUGCCCGACAUCAAGCAGCUGCAGCCAUAUUACCAGUCGUUGAUUGACAAGUACUGUCCAGGAAAGUUACGCUGGUGAUCGCAGAAUCCAGUGCUGGUGAUCUGGCAAAGUGACCCCCAGCACUCAACACUAGGAGAGCACCCAAUGCAUGGGAAUGUGGGUAAUCAUACAGUACCCCAACACUGGUAACUAAUCUACUGUACUCAAUACGGAUGAAGGGAUCUACAAUAUCCAGGCACUGGUAAAAAGAUCAGCAACAGCAGCAAAUGAUCUGCAAAACACCAGAAGCCUGCAUCUCAAAGCUGACAUGAUUUCCUGUUUCAUAAAACACUGUUACAAUUAA